AAGGUUCGUCCUCGCGCGUCGUUUUUGCGCUCCGCACUACUCUCGCACACGAAUCGAGGCUCGAGCCGCGAGCAUCGUCAUACGAACCGUAUAGUGCAGUGUCUGUGUGUAUGAAUACGUGAUUUCGCGCGCCAAAGACGACGACGAGUGUGUGCGAAGCUCGUGUUUUCAGUGCCAGACAAGCAAGCUCUUCCACGAGCCACGAAAGAAUAAUAGUCGCGAGUUGAGUGAAAAACGUCGGGAAAGUCAGUUGUGUGCGGAACUGCUGCAGUGCGAGCUUUCGCGAGGUUGACAGAGAGUCUCGCCAAUGUGGGCUUUUACUACUGCAGAGAUUGUCGUAGCCGCUGCUGCUGGCAGUGCAAAGUUCGAUGCGGCGCCGCCGAGGCUCGAGUAGCGUCAGUGCGACGGAUAACAAGCGCUCCUGACCCCCGAUCGCUCCUCGGCGCUCCUCGUGCGGUACGUGCUGCUGCUCGCAGGAGCUUGUAAGCUCGAGCCCGAGAACAACACAAGGCAGUGGGCGCGAUUAUCGUCUGCACGAGACGAAUUAUAAAUAAUAAUAGAGAAAAGCUGCGCACCUGUAGCAGUGUACGUGCUGUGUGUCUAUGUGCGAGUGCAGCCCACCGCGUGUGCAGCAGUAGCAGCAGCAGCAGCAGUGCAGUGAAAAGGUCACUGCGCAUUGGCGCCCAACCGGACGAGCAAGUGCAACUACCGGGAUCAAUGGCCCAUUGUGUGUUGUUGUGCCGCUACAAUACUGCCGCCCCCAAUUAGUCGAUUAACACCAGUUUCACUCUCUCUCUUCCUUAUGUACGUGUCCUAGUGUCCGCAGUGCAUAUCCAUAUAUGUGUAUAUUUAUAAUACAUAUCGACGUACCUAUGUGUCAGUGUUUAGUGUCCGAAUUCAUCAGAGUCCGAUGGUACAUGAUCAGUGUCGAUGGUCAGUAGCACGUUAAACACUGUGACCGUUGAACCGCACGAGCACUAUAUAUAAAUUUUCGAUUUAAUUUGUGGUUUUUCAAGUUCUGUUGUUGUUGAGUUUGUUGGUGCGGCCGUUUUUUUGUUUGCGUUGCGUUAUUUUUUCGUUCUACGUUCUACGUUCGUUAUACAUUUUGCCGCGAGUUCUGGUGGUGUCGAUACUCUCGUCUGCGAUAUUGUGAAAUAGUGCAUGGUUUCACGUGCUUUUUGUUUGCCUCCGCGCGCCUCCACUCCUGCAGCAGCGACACAUCCACGUAUAUGGGAUAUACGGUUGUCGUUGCCGGGGUCGAGCUCGCAUCGACUGCUACUACUGCAUCGUCGUCAACGCUGGUAAAGUGCAGUGCUGCGCGUGUUGUUGUGUCGUCGUUGGCAUUAGUCGGGGCAACAGCAGCAUCCGACGACAAAGUGGAGCUGUAUCGUCAUCGACGCUCUUGUGCUGUUGUUGUUGCUGCAGCGACAGCGGCAUGCUACCCGUGCCACUACUGCUCUCCAUUGCUCCGAUGAAAAGACGGAAAAGCAAAUCAAUGAUCCAGCCAACGAAGACCGAGAGGAGAACGACGAAGACGAUAAUGACAAACAGAAACUGGCCACCGGCUGCGUUGCUGCUGACGCUGAUACUGAUGCUGCUGGACAAAAGCAUGGCAGCGCCCGAAGCAGCUCGACACAGAUCGGCCGCCGCCACGGGCAUCGGAGUGGAUGUGCCGGCGCCGGUUCCCAUUGGCACGACCGAGACGCUCUUCCAGCACUUCGCCAUCGAGCCGAUGGACCAGACAGCCGUCAUCGGGAGCAAAGUCACGCUGCCCUGUCGAGUAGUCAACCAAAGGGGACCCAUACAGUGGACGAAGGAUGACUUUGGCUUAGGUUCGGUGAGGAACCUUACGGGCUACGAGAGAUACGCCAUGAUUGGUAGCGACGAAGAGGGUGACUUUUCGCUACGCAUCUAUCCAGUGGAGCUGGAAGACGACGGUGUGUACCAGUGCCAAGCGUCACCGACGAACGACGGCCAGCCGGGCCUGCGCUCGCGUUUCGCGCGUCUGAGCGUGCUGGUGCCGCCUCAGAAACCAAAAAUCACCCAGGGUAAAAAGCUCAUUACUACCGAGGACAAGAAACUCGUGCUCGAGUGCAUCAGUGUGGCGGGAAAACCACCAGCAGAGAUAACGUGGAUCGACGGCCUGGGCACGGUACUGCAGGAAGGCAUCGAGACCCAGCACUUGCAGCACGAGGACGGGCCUUUAUACACGGUCAAAUCGAUCCUGACGGUGACGCCGCGCAAGGAGCACGAUAACACCACCUUCACUUGUCAGAGUCAGAAUGCGGCUGAUCGUACGCCGCAGAAUGCCAAGCUGCUCGUCGAGGUCCGUUACGCGCCAAAGGUUUCGUUGAAGAUUCAUCCGGGUCUCGGAGUGAACGAGAGGAUACGAGAAGGAUCGGAACUACGAUUCAAGUGUCGUACAGAAGCCAAUCCACCGAAAAUGGAGUACAAAUGGUUCAUCAACGACAAACAAGUCGUCGGGGACUUCACGACGGAGAUGGUGAUCCACAACGUGACGCGCGACUACCACGACGCCAUCGUCAAGUGCGAGGUGACCAACGACGUCGGCAAGAGCGAGGAGACCAAGACGCUCGACGUCACCUAUGGACCACAAUUCCGGCACUCGCCCGUCUCGGUGCAGUCGCACUACGGGGCGACCGAAGUUUUGCAGUGCGACGUCGACGGCAAUCCACAGCCCGACGUUUACUGGACCUUCGAGGACAACAACAGGGUAAUGGCUACGUCGUCGAACGUCAGUGUGAUCGUCAGGCCCGAGACCGCCGGGCGUUACUACUGCCACGCCAGGGUGCCGGGCUUCCCCGAGCUCACCGGCUCGGCCAACAUCUUCAUCAGGGCGCCUCCGACCAUCGUCUCGCAGAGGACGCAGUACGUUCCCGACGAGGGACUCGUCAAGGUUCAAUGCAUCGCCAUAUCGGUGCCCAAAGCCGACUCGGUCAUCUGGAAUUUCGCCGGCAGGGAGCUGAAUUUUUCCUCGAACAAUACGCCCUUCUACAGGCACGAGGAGUACGAGCCGGAACGAGUAGUCAGUACGCUGACUCUGUUGGAUCCAGCCUCGAUCUAUUUCGGCGAUUACAAUUGCACGGUCCGCAACGCCUAUGGCAACGACUCGGCCAUAAUCAAGCUCACGACUCACGCUUUGAUUCCAGUUAACUGGCAGCUCAUCCUCAUCGUCGGCGGCCUCGUGGUCUGUCUCGUCAUGAUCGGCGUCAUCGUCGUGCUGAUCAUGCACUGCCGAGACCGCAGCAGCAAGCAACCGCCGCCCAAAGCCGCCCAGGCCCACGUGCCCGAUAUGCGCGAAACGGAGUCGAACGGGGACCGAUAUCGCGAGAGCGACCGCAGCAGCAAUCUGUCGGACGUGAAAGCCGACAUAAGAGCGGGCUCGAGCGUGAGCAACGCCGAGAGCGUGACGGCCCUCGACAGCGAGGGCGAGGGCUCGACGCGUGGCAUGACGUCUCUGGCUCUCGCCGGGCCCGUGCCCAAUCCCAUCGGCGGCUUCCGCUACAGCGCCGAGUACACCGAGCCCUCCUUCCCGCCAAAGAGCCACGACGGCAGCAACAACAACGGCUACGUGUCUUACCUGGAUUAUUCGCGCGACUACAUGCCGCCCCAGAGCCAAGUGGCGCCGAGCAUGGGGGCGUCGCGCGAGUCCCUCAGCAGACUCGCCAUCACGCAUCAGGGCUUGCACAACAGCACCAAGAAGAUCAAUCUCAGCUCGGCUAAUUUGGCGCCGAACUCGCCCCAGGGCACGCCCAGUAUCGAUCCCAGAUACUCGGCUAAUUACGGCAAUCCUUAUCUCAGAAUGUCAGCGGCUGAACAGCUGCGACACGCGCCACAUACAGCGAUACCGGCAGUCACGCCGGCGCCACCGCCCUAUACCCCGGCUAUGCGCAUGAAUAACCUGAAUGCACUCAACGGCGGAGCUGGACCUCAGUCGUUAUUGUACGUACAGUCGCCCCUGUCAGCGGCGCACUACAUCACCGGCGGGCCCAACGGCGGCGUGGCCAUGGUCAAGCGGACGGCGGCCCUCACGAGUAAGCAGCCGGGGACGCACGUAUGAGGUCGGCUUCACAGUGCCCAGCCAAAGUAGAGCCGCUACGCGAUAAU